AAAGCGUGUUGCCGCUGCUGGCUCUGUAAUGCACUAUGAGCAAGGGAUGAGAGAGAGAGUCACACACACACUGUCUCUCCACACGUGCGCACCCACACACACACACACACACACACACAAACACACACACACACGCACGCAAUGAAACUGAGAGUUGCUUUGAUCGGGAGAUCAAGAGACACACACACAUUCUCUCUUUCUCUCACACACAGAGGGAGUAGGGAAGGCAUCCAGGCUGGUGCCUUUUGAAGCAGCAGUGAAAGAAAGAGGAGAGAGGACAGGGGGACUCUAAGGCACCGGACCACUGUCACCUACCGACCAGCCCCCCGCCGAUGAUCCACAGCUACAGCCACUGCACAGUGAAAAGGGGGUUAUGCCAGGAGAGCUUGAAAGGAAGGGACGAUCCAGCUCUCCGUCUGUCCAUCCGUCCGUCCACCCGUCAUCCUCAUUCCUCUUUUUUUUCAGAGCCGAUAUCUCAGGUCGGACGGUCCCGUUUUUAAUUCUUUCUUUUUCUCUUGUAAUUUAUUAUUUUUUUCUCUUUUUUGAUGGAGGGAUGUGAAGGAUCAGGUGAAGAAAGGAGGAGUUGCAUUGUGGAUGUCUGAAAGGUUGUGUCAUUUAUAGUUUUUUUGGUUUGUUCUUAUUUCAACGAUCACUUUAUUUCAACGAUCACCUCCUGACUGAAUUGAAGCGUGUGUGUGAGCAGCAGGACUGGAGGCUAUAAGGACUUUGAGACUUAUCUCUGUUUUGAUAUGAUUCGGUCGUCAGGAAAAUUCUUUCCUGUCCUGAAGGAGCUGUGUCAAAGUUAGCUGGAGCUGCAGGGAGAGGAGGGGGCCGUGGGGAGGGCCUGUGGCCCAGGACGAAGCACCCAACCUGGGACGCACCCAGGGGGACACUGGCGUAGUGGCUCUUCUCACCCACUGAUAACUGUGUACCUGAAAAUGACACCAUGAGUUUUAUAUUUUCCUGCUGCCAUGGUGACGGAGGGACAGUGACAACAACGUAAACAACAACAAGUGCAAUAGCAGGCAACAGCCUAAAGGAGAACAACAACAGCAAAACCACCAGUGACUGGAACAACACAUUGCAUCGAACCAAACCUCAACUAGUCAACAUCCCAUAACUUCUGGGUGAGCCUUUGACAAGGACUCCACCACUCUCACUGCCGUGGUGGUCUCCUCCCUCCAUUCACCAGCAAGAGUCCCCUAGUGACCCCAACUCUGCUACUAUAUUCCUCCAGAUAUUGUUGACAUAACAUAUUGACAUUUCUAUGUCAAUCUAGGAAAGUUUUCUCAAGGAUUCUGGGUAAUCUCCUCCGGCGGUGCGCCGUCGCCCUGGGUGAAAGGGCAGGGGGGCGGCCCACGGUUCCCCCCGACCACAACCGGGUGAAGAACAGGAGCGGGCGGCAAUAUGGCGGCUCUCGCCAGCUCGUUGAUCCGCCAGCGGCGGGAGGUGAAGGACCCCCAGGCCAACCGGCAGGUGGCCAACAAGAGGAAGCCGUGCCCCAAGGCCAACAAGUCCCUGUGCCAGAAACAAAUAUUAUUACUCAUAUCAAAAGUCCGACUAUGUGGCAAUCGAGGGCGAAAGUUAGAAAAAAAACCGGAGCCCCAACUGAAAGGUAUCGUCACAAGACUCUACAACCGGCAUGGCUUCUACCUCCAGAUGCUUCCGGAUGGCACCAUGGACGGCACAAAGGACGAAAGCAGCUCCUUCUUGCAGUUCAACUUGAUUCCUGUGGGACUGAGGAUAGUAGCCAUCCAGAGCACUAAGACAGGGCUCUACAUUGGGAUGAACAGCGAUGGAUACCUCUACACCUCAGAACACUUCACCCCAGAGUGCAAGUUCAAAGAGAGUGUGUUUGAGAACUACUACGUGACGUACUCGUCAAUCCUGUACCGGCAGACCCAGUCGGGCAGGGCCUGGUACAUCGGCAUCAACCGGGACGGACAGGUCAUGAAGGGCAACAGGGUCAAGAAGACCAAAGGGGCGGCCCACUUCCUGCCCAAACUCAUAGAAGUGGCAAUGUACAGGGAGCCUUCGCUGCAUGAAGUGGUGGUGGUCGCCGAGCUGAGUCCGCCCAGAAAAACGGCCAAGACCUCCGAUUCGCCCGUGCUGCAGAACGGCAAGAAAGACCCGCCCUCCAAAACCAAAACUUCCUAGCGCACGGAGAAGACAGGGGGCAAUGGGCACUGACUGGCACUGGCACUGACUGGCGAACAAAGUCUUCCUGUUUUUAUUACAAAGGGGUGUCACCGUCAAAUGUUUCCCCCCUGCCCCACCGAGCGGCGCGUAGAGGGGGCCGUAUUGUUCUAUAUUCCCACAGGUUUCAUCCAUACUAAUGUAAGGUUGACCAAGGAUGUGAAACUUCACUCUAUUCCAUUUAUAGUGCACUAUUUCUGACCAAAGCUUGCACAGGACUCUGGUCAAAAGUAGUGCACUUUAAAGGGAAUUUGGGUGCCACAUGGGAAGUGUCCCCAAACACCCUGUUGUUCUCUUCACAUCUGUUACCAGGUAUUCUUUGUCCGUCAGCACCUUUGUGACCAUAGCGAUCCCCUCCAUACUUAAGCAAUGAUGUGGAGGUUCUCUUUUCUUUUUUUCUUUCUCUCGUUCACCUUUGGUGAAAUUUGAUUAGUUUGUGACACGGAGUCAAUUUUCCACUCGGCAGCACAAGAGAAACUUCCUUGUUCUUCUCUUGGGCUGUUAACAGCAGCUCUCUAAUCAAAAUCUCCCAUACCUCUUGAAAGAGAGAGAGGAACCUCCCCACUGCACUGCAUUGAACUACACACAUACACACACACACACCCCGCUGAGAGAGAGUGGUGAUUGUGUGCGGGUCAGGGCUUAAGGAAUGGUAAUGAUACCAUCAGUGAGAUGGUGUUGGUCUCUGAGAUUCUGUUUGCAAUACACCCUCCUAUCACUACAACACAAUGUAUAAUUUCUCUAGCUCAUGCCUUUAGCCAGGGAGAUACAUACUGUAGGGCCCACAGCAGGUCAGUGGCACCUUAAUUGGGGUGGACGGGCUCGUGGUAAUGGCUGGAGCGGAAUGAGUGGAAUGGUAGCAAAUGUGUUUUCAUGUGUUUGAUGCCAUUCCAUUUGCUCCGUUCUGGGCAUUAUUAUGAUCCUCCCAUCCUCCCCUCAGCAGCCUCCUGUGCCGUAGGCCUAUUGUGGUUUUGUUUGAGUGUUUUUGUAGCUGUGUAUGUUAUUGCAGGACAGUUGUGGUUCUUUCCUGAGGGCUACAGCCUCUUUAUGGAAUUAUCAGGCCAAACAGACUGGCACCCAGGCUAAUAACCUCCUGGUUCAGUUACAGGUUGCUAAUUCUCGAUGGCUGCAUCUGAAAUGGUACCGACCAGAGCUCUGGUCAAAGGUCACGCAGUACAGGGAAUACGGUGCCUGUCGUUGACAUGCGUCUACAAGACUAUGAUGUUUUUAUUUUAUUUUACCUUGAUGUGGUUACAGGAGGGAUUGGAGUUCCCAUCCCAAAUGGAAUGUUAGGUCACACUUUAUUUGGAUAAUCCGGAUUUAUGGUCAUACUGUCAACAAACUAUCUGUCGAUGAGCAACUACUUGUUAAGGUUACAAUUAGGGUUAGAAUAAGGGUAAGGUUAGGGUAAGAGUUAAGUUUAGGGUUAGGAUAAGGGUUAAGGUUAAGGUUAGUUAGGGUUAGUGUUCGAGCUAGGGUUAGUAGAUAGUUACAGAUGGACUAUCCAAAUAAAGUGUUACCGCAAACUAUUUCCUACAUAGCCCUAUGGGCCCUGAUCAAAAGUAGUGCACUAUGUAGGGAAUAGGGUGCCAUUUGGGAGGCAGGGAGCUAGGGAGCUAGGGCAGAGUGGUAGAUGGAGGAGAGAUUCACUACUUUAGAGUGAGUGGGCUUGUUUGCGGUGGUGGAAAAAGUACCCAACUUUCAUACUUGAGUAAAAGUAAAGAAACCUUAAUAUAAAAUGACUCAAGUAAAAGUAAAUGUCACCCAGUGAAAUUCUACUUGAGUAAAAGUGGAAAAGUAUUUGGUUUAAAAUAUACUUAAGUAUCAAAAGUAAAAGCAUAAAUCAUUUCAAAUUCCUUAUAUUAAGGAAUCCAGGUGGCACCAUUUUCUUUUUUAAAUUUCUGGAUAGUCAGGGGCACACUCCAACACUCAGACAUCAUUUACAAACGAAGCAUGUGAGUUUAGUGAGUCUGCCAGAUCAGAGGCAGUAGGGAUGACCAGGGAUGACCAGGGAUGUUUGGUUGAUAAGUGCGUGAAUUUGAUUAUUUUCCUGUCCUGCUAAGCACUCAAAAUAUAACUUUUGGGUGUCAAGAGAAAUGUAUGUAGUAAAAAGUUCAAUAUUUUCACAAGGAAUAUAGUAAAGUAAAAGUAGUCAAACAUAUAAAUAGUAAAGUACAGAUACCCCAAAAACGAAUUAACUAGUACUUUAAAGUAUUUUUACUUAAGUACUUUACACCACUACUUUGUCAAGCCAGAGGAGUGAAAGGGAGGAACGAGGGUUCAGAGAGAAUUAUAGGAAUUACGAUGGCUUCUUCCAGACCUGGUAAUCCUAAAUAAGGUGCUGACACCAGGCAUCUUCAUCUCUCUCUCUCUCUCUCUCUCUUACACACACGCGCUCUCUCUCUCUCUCUCUCUCUCUCUCUCUCUCUCUCUCUCUCU